AUGAUCUUCACCAACUUCGUCGCUGGCGUUGUCGCCCUCUCCGUCGGUGUCAGUGCCGGCCCUUGCCGUAUCAGCUCGCAGUCUUCUGGAUCUGUUGUUACCACCACUGCCACUGCCGAGACCUCUUUGGCCACUUCUACCAUUCUCACCACCUCUGCUGUCGAUUUCACCACCGACCUCACCACCUUCCUUACCCUAACUGGAACAACUACUGCUGAUGUCACCUCUACCGCUGAGGAGACCACUACCGCCGUCGCUGAAGAUACCACCACCGUUGUCGUUGAGGAGACUACCCCUGCCGAGACCACAGCUGCCGAGACUACUGAUCUUGAGGCUACCACUACUGCCGAGGCCACUACCUCUGACUCUGUUGUUAUUAUUACCCCCACCCUCAUUGCUCCUCAAGCGACCACCUCAGCCGCUGUGAUCGGCCAGUGCGCAAGCAAUGAGGAGUGUGAUUCCCUUCUCGAUGUUGACGGACUCAGCUGUAUGGAAAACUUUUGCGAGUGCAGAGCUGACCUGCUGUGUCACGUUGCGGUAUACUAG